GGGGGAAAGUUGCUGGACUACAGAGUUCCGGUGUGUUCACUCAAAUGACAGACUAAUUAUUAUAAUGUUUGGAUUUAUCGGCUGCUGUAAAAGGACAUGGUGAAGGUUAUCAAGAGCUCACUUUUGGCACCAAUUAAGCCUGAAACGAAUCUCGAAGGUAUAAAUCUCAACAAAUUACGCCGUGGGUUGCAUGAGCGGAAAACCAAGUUCUUUCCUCUCACUUCAAGUCAGUGUCUUCUUACGAAUCUGAGUGCGUAUCUUCCUCUAUUGCUGGAUGGACUGAGCAAGAGUGUGAUGAGUGAGCGAGAGUACGGGGAGGUGGUCAGACUCAUCAACUCUCUCGCGGGCCUCGAGAAGCAGAAUGUGUCCCUUCCCAUCGCCAACAACGCCAACAGACCACCAAAGAGAGAUGAGCAGUACAAGCUAAUGUGGAGCGAGUUAUUAGAAAUGACGAGGCUCUUUUCUCAGCAGUCAGGCCGACAUCAUGCAAUAUUUGUACUAGUUAAUGCCCUCAAGAACGGACAACCGAUACCGACUAAUUUGGAAGAAAUCGCCAGAAACUUCGCGCCGCCUAUAGAAGACAAUGGAUCUGAAACAGAAAUGGAUUGUACUGAUGCGAAUAUUCGAAGUACGAAAAGAAAAUUGGAUCGGGAUAAUAAUUCAAAUAGAGACAGUAUCACCCGAAACAGACCUAGUCUUCUGUACCCUCUCAUAAAACUGACCCCAGAUAUGUUCAGUGGGAAGAAAUCUCUCUAUGAAGUAUGGGACGAACAAAUGCGAAGUGCAUACGAGAAGAAGAGACGAGUGUUCUCGAAGCGACACGACCCAAGUUAUUCUCUAUACUGCCACGUGAACUUGGAAGACAAACCUACAGCCACAUGAACUUUUCAUCUUGGCAUUAUCGAUGCUGUUUCUUUUGCGCUGAAUUCAUCUUCCUGAAAUGGAUCUUGACUUAAAUUUGAUUUUUAUGAAAUAG